AUGUCCGAAAUGAAGUACCAAAAGGUAUCUUUUUUUGCACUUUUGUGCUCUUUAUAUGUUCAAAAUUGUGUGGCCGAUAAUGAAAUUGAAUAUGAACCUUUAAUUUUUAACCCUACUGAGGUUAAAGGUCCUCUCGUCGAACAAUUCUUGGGAGAUUGGACGGAGCGUUGGACUCCUUCUCAUGCUAAACGCUUUGUAAAUGGUAUAGAGGAAAUGACUUACAAUGGUGAAUGGGCAGCUGAGGAAAGCAAAUCACCGGGUGCUGUUGCUGGCGAACUUGGAUUGGUAAUGAAGGAUGAGGCGGCUCACCACGCUAUCUCAUAUGAAUUCGACGAGCCAGUAGACGAACCAGAAAAAGAUUUAGUAGUUCAAUAUGAAGUCAACGCUCAAGAAGGAUUAAACUGUGGUGGUGCCUAUUUGAAGCUUUUGGCAGAACGUCCUAACGGGGAGAUGUCAAAUGCUGUGCCUUACAGAGUUAUGUUUGGUCCUGAUAAGUGCGGUAUCAAUGAUCGUGUCCACUUCAUCUUUAAACAUGAGAACCCCGUCUCUCAUGUGUUCUCUGAAAAGCAUUUGGAUAGUAAGCCUGCUUCUCUUAUUAAACCUGGAAUUACCAAUUUAUAUACUCUUGUUGUUCAUCCUGAUCAAACCUACGAAGUUCGUGUUAACGGUGAUAUAAUUCGCUCUGGCUCUUUAUUCACCGAUUUCCUUCCCCCGGUCUUGCCUCCUUUGGAAGUCUAUGAUCCAGAAGACCUCAAGCCACAAGACUGGAUCGAUGAAGCUGAGAUUCCUGAUCCCAAUGCUGUUAAGCCUGACGACUGGGAUGAAGAUGCUCCUCGUCUGAUUCCCGAUCCUGACGCUUUACAACCCGAGGAUUGGCUUGCGGACGAGCCUCUUUACGUUGCUGAUCCAAAGGCCAAGAAGCCCGAAGAUUGGAAUGACGAAGAGGACGGCGAUUGGAUUGCUCCUGAAAUUGCUAACCCCAAAUGUUUCGAAGUCUCUGGUUGUGGUGAGUGGAAGGCUCCUAUGGUUCGUAAUCCUAACUUCCGCGGCCCUUGGACUCCUCCUAUGAUUCCCAACCCUAAUUAUAUUGGUGAAUGGACUCCACGCAAAAUUGCGAACCCCAAUUACUUUGAUGAUGAACAUCCAUCUCAUUUCGGCCCCAUUUACGGUAUUGGAUUUGAGCUCUGGACCAUGCAACCUAAUAUUCGUUUUUCUAAUAUCUACCUUGGCCAUUCCAUUGGAGAUGCCGAACGCUUGGGUAACGAAACAUUUGUUCCCAAAUCAAGAAUUGAGCAAACUUUGUUGGUUAAGCAAAGAACUGAAAAGAAACCAUCUAUGCAUGUGGACGAGGAAGAAAACAAGUAUGUGACUCUGUUCCUUCAUGCAUAUGAUAAUGUUAAAGCUAAGCUUCCCCCUUCCGUUGUGGCUCAACUGGAUCCUUACGUUACAACUAUUGUUCAAUCUCCCGAAAUGGCCAUUGCUAUCUUUUCUGUCGCUUUCUCUAUUAUCGCUGUUGUUAUCACUUGCUUCUAUUACUUUACGUCCUCUUCGUCCUCAUCCUCUUCUCCUGUUCCUCUUUCUGCAGGCGUAACUGAAGCCGAAAAGGAGCAGCAAGAAAUUUUCAGACAGGGCGAAAUAAAUGAUAAUAUUGACGUAUCUUAUGCUCCUGAACUAGAAUCCACUCCUAAGAGUGAGGAUAUUAAUGUUAACGCUUAA